AUGUCUACAAUCACACCCACGGCGCUGCAGAGCUCGCAGCCGCCGAUAAUCCCACGCGACUUCAAUGGGAACCAGCCCCAGACGAUCCGUCUCUAUCCACUCUCAAACUAUACUUUUGGGGUGAAGGAGACGCAGCCCGAAGAGGACCCCAGCGUUCUCGCGCGGCUGAAGCGGCUCGAGGAGCAUUACCAGGCGCACGGCAUGCGACGGACGUGCGAAGGCAUCCUCGUCUGCCACGAGCACAACCACCCACACAUCCUUAUGCUGCAGAUUGCCAACGCGUUUUUUAAGCUGCCCGGCGACUACCUGCGCCCCGAGGACGACGAGGUCGAGGGCUUCAAGUCGCGCCUUGACGAGCGCCUCGCGCCCGUCGGAAGCCUGGGCGAGGGCGAGAAGGCCGGCGACUGGAACGUCGGCGACUGUCUCGCCCAGUGGUGGCGCCCCAACUUCGAGACCUUCAUGUAUCCUUUCAUUCCUGCCCAUGUGACGCGACCAAAGGAGUGCAAGAAGCUCUAUUUUAUUGAGCUGCCAAAGUCAAAGGUCUUGAGCGUGCCCAAAAACAUGAAGCUCCUCGCCGUCCCCUUGUUCGAACUCUACGACAACACCGCGAGAUACGGGCCGCAAUUAUCCGCGAUUCCUCACCUACUGAGCCGUUACAAUUUCGAGUUUGUAGACGAUAACGGCGAUGCUGUUGCGGUCACACCCGGGGCCGGGCCGGCCGAUGGCUAUGUUCCCAAGACAAAAGUUCUGGCUGGCGGCGACGACGUGGAUAUGAAAACCGAGAACGGCAUACACUAG